UGCCGGGGCCGCCCCGCCCGCUGCCUUCCGCCCGCCGCCGGGGUCGGAAGCGGCGGUGCCGCGUGGGGCCGCGCCGUGUUCCCGUCCGCCGCGAUGGCCGUCCGCGCCAGCUUCGAGAACAACAACGAGCUGGGCUGCUUCGCCAAGCUCACCAACGCCUACUGCCUCGUGGCUAUCGGCGGCUCCGAGAACUUCUACAGCGUCUUCGAGGGGGAGCUCUUCGGGACCAUCCCGGUGGUGCACGCCUCCAUCGCCGGCUGCCGCAUCAUCGGCAGGAUGUGUGUGGGGAACAGACACGGGCUGUUGGUUCCAAGCAGUACAACAGACCAAGAGCUUCAACAUAUCCGCAAUAGCCUUCCAGAUUCUGUACGAAUUCAGCGAGUAGAAGAGCGUCUCUCAGCACUAGGCAACGUCACUACCUGCAAUGACUACGUAGCUCUUGUUCAUCCAGAUCUUGACAGGGAAACUGAAGAGAUCUUGGCAGAUGUACUAAAGGUUGAAGUAUUCAGGCAGACUGUAGCAGAUCAGGUGCUGGUAGGAAGUUACUGUGUUUUUAGUAACCAAGGAGGAAUUGUGCACCCCAAAACUUCAAUUGAUGAUCAGGAUGAACUGUCUUCAUUGCUCCAGGUUCCACUUGUGGCUGGAACAGUGAAUCGUGGCAGUGAGGUCAUUGCAGCAGGAAUGGUUGUAAAUGACUGGUGUGCCUUCUGUGGACUGGACACAACCAGCACAGAGCUCUCCGUCAUUGAGAGUAUCUUCAGGUUGAACGAAGCUCAGCCAAGUACCAUUGCUACCAAUAUGAGAGAUUCCUUGAUUGACAGCUUGACAUGAGCAGUGUUGGUUCAGGAAGCUCCUAAGAAGUGAAGUGUCAAGCAGCACUUUGGAUUACAGACAUCUAGAUCUUCUGUUGUUUCUGCAGGCCCAGCACCGGGAGGAGGCUACCAAAAAAAAUUGUAGUGUUUUGUAAACUAAGUAUUGUUGCAAAACGUGACAAAUAACAUAUCUAAGUUACAAAUAUGGAAUGCUUUCUAACCCUUUGCUAAUGUUCUCCAGUUUUUCUUCAGCUGUGCUUUCUUUCUUUGUGAUGCUGACCGAGGCCUUCAAUUUAGCCCACAAUAUUUACUUCUGUUUUUUGGAUAUUGAUCAUUAGAGAUUGUUUUGCCUUAUAUAGCUGAUCGGUGUUCUGCUGCACAGAAGGCUGUUUAAGCACGUAUAUGGCACUGCCUUCUCUUUUCACAGUCUUGCUAAAGAGUGAUAUUUCUGCUGUAAGUGAACUUAAGAGCCCCUUGCGUUUUCUAUACCAAAAACAUAGUAGUUUACUUGCCAAAAAAGAAUUCAGAAAGCAUCACCUGCUCUUGUGACCUGACUUGCAGCUAUUCUCAUAGGGCUGGUGAUUCUGAAGUGAUUAGCUCAGAUUAGAAAUGGAGUUUCUCUAAGAAGUCAAUACAGGGACUUAACAGCCAAGUGUGACUGCUUCCAAAGCAGUGGUAUUUGAUCUGGUGUCUGCAGAUGUUUGGUGACAUAUAUACUACUUCAGAGGCAUCUGCAAAAGAGCCUUGAAAAACGUGCAGUUGCCAGUAGGCUUAAAUGUGCUGUACAGGAGUUGGCCACCUACACUGGAAAACUCUUAGAAGUCAGCACAUCAAAAAGGGUUGAAGAAUGUCAUCUUGAGUUACCUUGGAGACAAAGGUUAAGUAAUGCAGUUCUAAACAUUCAGUAAUAUGUUUUGGGCUUGGGAGCUUGCUAUUGAAGAGUUCUGCCUUUGUCUAGCAGUGACGGUGAUGUAAAUGCUGCUUUCAGGUAGAAGAUAGUCAUUUACUUCUAAACACAGCUGUUGCUCCUUGAUCUCUCAUUUCAGUUGCUUUUCUUGUGCUUGCUUGUUACAGGUAUGCUGAAGGCAUACAAAUGCCUCUACUUCCUCUCCAAAGGGUAUGUGGAAGCUGCCUGCUUGCUUCCAUAUAGCUGUAUUAUUCUCAGCUGGAUUCUCUUGAGGGGUGCAGUCCUGAAGGCAGUUCGGGCAGAACUCCUUUUUUUUGGCCCUGGUGUUUCAGGCUCUGUAGAACAUUAAAUAAACCUCCACAUAUGUUGGACUA